AUGGCCCUACUCGACGAUGGCUCAAUGUCAACAUUCGUCGAACGCGCGCUACUCAAGGAGCAAGGAGUAUCGGGGAAGCCACGACCGCUCUGUAUAGCAUGGACCGGAGAGCAGCAGCGUUAUGAGGGUAAUUCAGUUGAGCUGCCACUCAAGAUUUCUGGACAGCAACACGACGCCACGAGGGCAGCAGAGGUCAGCGAUUCAGCAGCGUCACCAGCGGACACAGUGCUACCGAUGUGGUCGUUCGCACAAUCCGGCUACCUGCCCAGCAAGGAAUUGGAAGUGUUUCGUGUGCGAAAAAAUGGAUCAUGUGUCAACUAUGUGUCGUCUCAGUCUAGUCGAGUCAGUCAAAGAUGCAACAAGUGCAGCAGAGGUGCAGUCAGCGGUGCAGCAGAGGUGCAGAGCGUGGAGGAGCAAUCGGUUGCUGGCGCUCCAAGUGAGGACCAGGGACGCUCGGCACCUAACUCACCGAAGUUCGGAGGAACGUUACCAAAACCCUUACCACGAGCAAAUUCGGAAAAUGCUCGGAAGUCGAGAGGCGAUGAAGCGGUCGUUGCGGUGGGUUUGUCGUCACCUGCCGUCCUCGUCAAGCUCGAGGGCGCCAAACUCGAGAAGGAGAGCCUCACGACCAAGUUCAAGCACUUCAUAAAAGAUCACGGCCACACGCGUGUCGACACGCCCGAGAAUCUGUCACCACUCACUGCCGCCGUCGGUGCUGCUAGUGCGCACCGGAAGCAACGCAUUGUAAUCGGAGACGAGAAUGGGGCAGUUGUACUGGGCCCACGGCUCUCGAAAGCUGUGGGCUCUUCUCAGCUCUCGCCCGAAACGCUCGCAAAGUACCAUGGCAAGUCGCGCGACGAUAUGGUGCGGCUCGCCCACACUCUUGAGAACGAGGUGCACUACCAAAAGCAGAAGGUGAAGGAGCUGGAGGACUAUCUUGACAGUUUGCUGCUCAAGGUGAUGGAAUGCCAUCCGAAAAUACUGCAGAACCCCUACCAAAAAGCGAACCCCACCAAAAGCUGUGGCAAAACACACGAGCUGGGCACAGCUUUUAUAGUGAUGGGCGAGAUGCGGAAGCGGGUGAUUGGGUGGUGGCCAAUCAGCCCUCGAAUGUGCAGGUUGAGAAUUAAAGGCCGGUUCUUCAACAUCAGCAUCAUAAACGUGCAUAGCCCUCACCUCGGAAGCACCGAUGACGACAAGGAUGAAUUCUACGCGCAGUUGGAGCGUGAGUACGACCACUGCCCAAAACAUGAUAUUAAGAUCGUCAUCGGGGAUUUCAACGCUCAGGUCGGCCAGGAGGAGGAAUACAAACCGGUGAUUGGAGGGUUCAGCGCUCACCAGCGGACCAAUGAAAUGGGCCUAAGACUUAUCGACUUUGCCACCUCCAAGAACAUGGCCGUACGUAGCACCUGCUUCCAGCACAGCCUCCUACACAAGGUUAACAACAUUCGGCACCAACGCCCGGCCCGGUUAGAUCUCGAGCGACUGAAGCAGUCUGACGUCGCCGAAGACUACGCGCAUUCGCUCGAAGCUGCGCUGCCGGAAGAGGCCCUGCUGGAGGAAGCUCCUCUCGGGGACUGUUGGAACAUCAUCAAGACAGCCAUCAACAGCGUAGCCGGAAACGUCAUCGGGCAUGUGAGACAAACCGCACGGAACGAGUGGUUCGACGACGAAUGUAGGAUGGUGAUGGAUGAGGAGAACGCUGCGCGGGCGACUAAGAUGCGCAGUGGCACCCGUCAGAACGUGGAAAGACAUAGACAGAAGAAGAUGCAGCGUACCAGAAUCUUCCAGGAGAAGAAGCGCCGCCUGGAGGAGGAGGAGUAUGCGGAGCUGGAAAACCUGCAUCAUUCUCAGGAAACGCGAAAGUUCUACCAGAAACUUAACGCAUCCCGCAGAGGCUUUGUGCCGCGAGCCGAAAUGUGCCGGGAUAAAGAUGGUAGUAUUCUGACGGGCGAUCGUGAGGUGACCGAGAGGUGGAAGCAGCAUUACGACGAACACCUGAAUGGCGCGCAGGCAGAGGACCAUGGCGGCGGAGAAAGCGAUCUAGUCGGUGUAACAAACGUGGAGGACGUACCAGCCCCAACGAUAGGCGAAGUUAAGGACGCCAUCAAGCAGCUGAAAAAUAAUAAAUCGGCUGGGAAGGACGGUCUUGGAGCGGAGCUUAUAAAAAUGGGCCCGGGAAAGCUGGCCUCCUGUUUACACCGGCUGAUUGCAAGAAUAUGGGACACAGAACAGCUACCGGAGGAGUGGAAAGAUGGGGUUAUCUGCCCUAUAUAUAAAAAAGGCGACAAAUUGGACUGUGAGAACUAUCGAGCGAUCACUGUCCUGAACGCCGCCUACAAAGUGCUGUCCCAAAUUAUUUUCCGCCGACUCUCACCACUAGUAAACAGAUUCGUGGGAAGUUAUCAGGCCGGCUUCAUGGAAGGACGGUCGACAACGGACCAAAUCUUCACCGUACGGCAGAUCCUCCAGAAAUGCCGCGAACACAGAACCCCCACGCACCACCUAUUCAUCGACUUUAAAGCCGCGUAUGACACGAUCGACAGGAAAGAGCUAUGGAAAGUCAUGGACGAAAACGGCUUCCCCGGGAAGCUCAUUAAACUCAUAAAGGCUACGGUGGAUGGGACGCAGUGCUGUGUGCGGAUUUCGGGUGGAUUGUCGAGUCCAUUCGAAACCCGCAGGGGGCUUCGACAGGGUGAUGGUCUCUCCUGCCUGCUGUUCAACAUUGCGCUACAGGGUGUGAUGAACCGCGCGGAGGUCAACACGCGGGGCACGAUUUUCAACAAAUCCAGCCAAUUCGUCUGCUUCGCCGAUAACAUGGAUAUUGUCGGCAGAACAACUGCGGCGGUGGCAGAACAGUUCACCAGACUGAAACGGGAAGCAGCGAGGAUUGGGUUGAGGAUAAAUGCGACCAAAACUAAGUACAUGCUAGCCGACGGAACCGAAGCCGACCGAAAACGCCUAGGCAGCAGUAUUGGGAUCGACGGCGAUGAGUUCGAGGUAGUCGACGAGUUCGUCUACCUCGGCUCACUGGUAACGGCGGACAACGAUACCAGCCGUGAGAUCCGGAGGCGCAUUAUCAGCGGAAGUCGUGCCUACUAUGGGCUCCACAAACAACUACGGUCGAACAGACUUAGCACCCGUACGAAGUGUGACCUGUAUAAGACCCUCAUAAGGCCGGUUGUACUCUAUGGGCAUGAGACGUGGACCAUGCUAGAGGAGGACCGGCGAGUACUCGGAGUUUUCGAGCGACGAGUACUGAGGACGAUCUUUGGCGGCGUACAGGAGAACGGAGUAUGGAGGCGAAGGAUGAACCACGAGCUCGCGGAACUCUACGGCGAACCCAGUAUCCAGAAGGUGGCUAAAGCCGGAAGGAUACGUUGGGCAGGGGCAAAGACGACCAGGGGCGCAACGAGCAAGGUGGUUAGACCAGAUGGAGCGGGAUCUGGCGGAGAGCACUCGGUGUCCCAGGGAUUGGAGAGCGGCGGCCAGGGACCGAGCUAA